UGAUGUCACCAAGCACCGGGGGCGACACAGGGCUUCCUCUAUAUAUUCUUCCCGGUUCGAUGAAUGAGAGCAGCGCACCGAACACCAGAAACGCGACUGAGCAAACAAACACCGAACAGAAAAAAACAUGGUGAAGAUCACUUUCCAGCCAGUUUCAGCGCAGAAGCCUGAAAAAGACAACGAUGAAGACAAGAUCAUUAUACCUCAGGCUCAAGAGCAGCUGGUUCUUCCUGGCAGGUCCAAGAAGCCUUUUCCAACGGGCCUCUGCUGCCUCACCUUUGGCCUGGUGCUCUUCAUGUCAGGACUGGUGCUAGCCUCUAUCUAUGUCUAUCGCUACUACUUUAUACCUCAGAUCCCAGAAGACAGCUUGUUCCACUGCCGGGUCGUCUACGAGGACUCUGUGUUUGCUCCUCUGAGGGGUAGGCUGGAACUGGAGGAGAAUGUGGGCAUCUACCUUGACGAUAACUACGAGCAGAUCAGUGUACCUGUGCCACACUUUGGAGGGAGUGACCCUGCUGAUAUCAUCCAUGACUUUCAGAGGGGCCUCACAGCUUAUUACGACAUCGCUUUGGACAAGUGCUACAUCACUGAGCUGAACACCACCCUGGUGAUGCCUCCCCGUAACCUGUGGGAGCUGCUCAUCAAUGUCAAGAGAGGGACGUACCUUCCUCAGACUUACAUCAUCCAGGAGGAGAUGGUGGUGACAGGGAGGGUGAGGAACAUGAGGCAGCUGGGCCCCUUCAUCCACCGGCUCUGUUAUGGCAAAGAAACCUACCGCCUCAGACGUCGGAACCAGCACAGACGUAUCGAUAGGCGUGAGACCAAGAGGUGUCACAGCAUCCGUCACUUUGAGAACACGUUUGUGGUUGAGACUGUCAUCUGUGACAGGGUCUAAAUCUGAGGUGGAAAGCACAGUCAUCCAAGGCCGAAGCCAACUCAAAACCAUACCUCUUCUUUAGGCUUUUAAACGCACUUUAAGAGCACGUUUUGUCCAACAGUUUUUACUUUCUGUCUUUUUUUUUCUGUUUUUUUUUUUUUUGUCUCUAGUUGGAAAUGCUCUUUAAUUGUUCAUGCACAAUGCUAAUGUCUUUUUUUAUUUAGAUUGUCUGUAUAUUUGGAUGAUGUUAUCAGUGUUUGAAUAUCUCUGUAGCUUGUCAAGUGUGUGCAUAGGAUGUCAAUGUUUCAGUGCGUCUAUUUGGGACAUUUUCAUCACAAGUCUUGAUUUGGUUUAAUUUGAGAGUUUUAUUCAAACUUGUCCUAUUUAUAUUAACUAACAGUGCAUUCUGACUGAAGCUGCUUGCACUGUGCACUCGUGUUACUUUUUGUUUCUUUGUUGUUAUUUUAUUUUGUUUGAAUGUCAGAAAAUGGCGAAACAUACCUCAUGUACUUUAGAAGUUUCUUUGCCUGUUGAUAUCAUUGAUGAAUUGUGUACAUAACCUUGAUUGUUCCUAAGCAAUAUCUACUGUAAAUUAAUUUUGAACAUACGGCUACAUGCAUAGAUUUUUAACUGAAAUCGACUUGUUUUGUUAAAGUUCAUUUCUUAAUGGUUUGUCUCUUUUCAUUUCUCUACUCCUUGGAUAUAACGGCUUUAGACUGUAAUUAGUAGCAGUGCUUUAGAGAGACAGAAGGAACCAAAGUCUGUGGUCAGGAAUGCCGUGUGAACAGUGAAGGAUACGAGAGAUUUAGGAAGAAUGCUUUUACUGUAGAUGAAAUCAAAGGCUGAACUCAUUUUGUCUUGCUCCUAUUUACUUGGAACUGUCUUUAGCUCUUGCAAGUUCUCAGUCCUUUCUAUCUCAGCAUUAUAUCCUCUCUAUCAAUGUUGAUUCUUCACAUCUUAAAAAAAGAUCUGGGGUGUCGUUCUUAUGAACAACUGGGAGCAAAUAAGUCUCUUCUGAGAGAGACCUGUAGUAUGUUCUCAUAUUUCAUUGUUCAGUCGAUUUUUCUUGUAAUAUCUUACUGCUUUAAAAAUAAAUGAGAAAACUAAA